CCGUCUCGACACCCGUGGCGUUUUCUGCUGCGUCGCAGAAGGAUGAGGAGAUCGGGCAAUCGGCAUGGUCGACAAGAGGUAUGUGCGUGCCCACAGACGCUGGUUGUCUGCCAGGACCAAACCAUCAUCACCUCCUCCACCUCCUACAUUCCUACCAAUCAACGACUACAUUUGGAUCGACCAUCCCGUCACCGAAGUCUGUUCCUUGACGACCAGAGAACAUGACAGCCAUCGUGGCGGCCCAAGAGUUCGAUCUCGAGAUCAUCUGCAGAAGGACUGGAUUAGUGGCGCACUCUCUAUGCAGGCUCUCCAAGUUGACUCAACCCAACCCAACCAAUCCAGUCCACCAAACCCACCAGCCAACAAGCCCCGACAAGGCCGAGAGAAGUCCUUGUUCGCCACACAAGCUCCACCGUCUGUCUACCCAUCUAUUCCCCCCCCAUCUAUCGAGAGGGCGUGGUCGUAUUAAAUCAAGAAAACGAGGGGGGAG